UGCCACAGAAUUUGGAAGACAUAGCAUUAAGUUAAGCAUCAUACAAACAAAGCAUUUGCUCUCUUCAAACAUUACAUGAACUGGGAGGUCAUGGCAGGCCAAUUGGGAUGGGGUAUGAUGGAAGAUGAGGGCUGGAGGAAGGGACCUUGGACCUCUGAGGAAGAUAGAUUGCUUAUUGAGUAUGUCAGGUUGCAUGGUGAAGGAAGAUGGAACUCUGUAGCUAGGCUUGCAGGGUUGAAAAGGAAUGGGAAGAGCUGUAGAUUGAGGUGGGUGAAUUAUUUAAGGCCAGACCUCAAGAGGGGGCAGAUAACACCUCAUGAAGAGAGCAUAAUUCUAGAGCUACAUGCUAGAUGGGGGAACAGGUGGUCAACAAUUGCACGAAGCUUGCCAGGAAGAACUGACAAUGAGAUCAAGAACUACUGGAGGACUCACUUCAAGAAAAAGGCUAAAGUCACUUCCGAAGCCUCUGAAAAGGCGAAAAAUCGCAUUCUGAGGAGGCAACAAUUUCAUCAUCAUCAGCAGCAACAACAACAGCAGCAGCAGCACCAACAACUACAGCAGCAGCAGCAUCAACAACAACAACAACAACAACAACAGCAACAAUUUCAACUUAAUCAAGUGGACUUGAAAAGGAUCAUGGCCUUUCUUGAUGAAAAUGACAAUCGGGCCACGUGUGUACCUCAAGUGAGGCAAGAAAUGAUCACCAUGUAUCCCAACACCAAUGAGGAGCAAGGAUACUUUUAUUCCUUGCUUAACACUAACAGCAGUGUGUCUGUGCCUGAGGCCGCAAACGAGGACAUAAUAUGGGAUGGAUUGUGGAACUUGGAUGAUGUGCAUGGCAAUUUCAACGCAGCCAGUGUGACAAGCAGAGCUACUCUGCACAAUCUAGUGGCUCCUUUUUGUUAAAUUUUAACUUUGUUUCAAUUUUGUUAGCAAACUAGUCUGCACAAUCUAGUUUCCAUCAAGAUAUGAAGGCUCUCAAGUCUCAACUAGGUUGUUCCAGUCGAUGUACUUGUCCUGUAC